AUGAUUCGUUCACGGGGGAGUAUACAUAGCAGCAUUAGUAGAAGGAGCAACAACAACAUCAGCAACAACACAUAUGACAACUACUAUGGAAAUCUAUAUGGCAACGACGACCAUGCGAGUUUCAUGCAAUCAGGCGAAGAUUUUUCUAGCCGAGCCACCAGCACAAUUACUGGCUCGCUGACCAACUCAACAGCUUCACUACUGACCAACGAACAAGAGCAACAACAAUACAUACCAGUUGAACGCGACCCAUUUGGAUUACUGAAACCCAAGGCAAUGAAUGCGACAACGGGGCAAGGCUAUCGUCAGCCAUGGCGGCAAUCUAUGGACGGUGCAAGUGCACAAACGCAGGCCGCUGCUUUUGUUACGCCCAACUCAGGUCAAAAGCUGCCACACUAUAUGAAAUUGCAGUAUCGUGGUGAUAUACGGUCACCCAAAGCCGUUACGUCCACACAAGUGGAGUCAGGCACUUUCUAUGCAGGCGAUUUGGAAACGGUGAAUGAGAAGCUUCAACAGAAGCAACAACAACAGCAACAAUUGAUACCAAUAGCUAAGUCGCACUCAACGGCCUCCAGUAUACGACGCAUACGGCGACCACGUCAAUGGGUGGCGCCACUAAAGCGGCUUUCGCGCGCGGAAGAGAAGGCGGCACAGGCGGCAAAGUUGGGCAUUUUGCUUAAAGGACGUGCAUUCAUUUUCGAGUUUCUGCAAGGCUCUUCCAUACAUGGCUUCAUCUAUUUGGCAAAAAUCGGGCUGAGUAUAGUCGAGCGUAUGAUUUGGCUCGCCUUCAUCUGUUUGGCGCUCUUCGCCAUCAUUUCGUUGAGUAAACGUACGUGGGAACGUUUUCAGACAUCACCCAUGGUCAUAUCUAUGGAUCGCAAUAAGUUGGUGUGGAAUACAAGCUUUCCCUCGCUCACUGUUUGUCCGCAUAAACGCAUUGAUGAAUUAAAAGUUGAGGAGUACAUGGAGAAACAUCCCGAAACCUUCGAAUCGGAGCAGGAUCGUAUCGAUUUCCAUGCUUUCAUCGAGAAGUUGGCGCGUCUCACCUAUGAAAAUAUUGAGACACUACCGCGUAAUAAAACUUUCGGCAUACCGAGCAGCAAGUACCUGGAUUUGCUGUAUGAACUCAAGUGGAACUUCGAGCCGGAGAUGAGUAGUGGCGCCGCCGUGCAAAUGUUCAUAUAUGAAACACUCACCGAAUUCGGUAUUUGUCAUUCGGUGAACUCGCUUGUGGCCCGUUAUAAUUCUUAUGACUAUUGGAAACGCAACGACUGGAACAUAUUGGAUCAUGGAGAUCGUGUCACCGUCCAUCCGCUAGAUGGUGAAAUUUAUGCACAGAUUAUAAACCUCUCCACCGCGUAUGAUGUCUAUUUUCAUGGCUCAGGUGAUAUACCGAACAUAUCCAAGCAACGUUACACAUUUCCAGAAACCGAUUAUACGACAGUGGAAUUGAUCGCGUUAGAGAUCUAUACAGCGGAGGAGGCGAGGGCCUUCACCACCAAACAACGCAAAUGUCGCUAUCAAUACGAGGCCGAGGAGAUGCUAACUUCGCCCAUUUACAGUUUCGGACUCUGCUUGGCCGAGUGCCGCAUGUUCUUCGCGCUUAAAGUGUGCGGUUGUGUGCCGCAUUUCUAUCGCAAUCGCUUGAAAAAUGGACGAGUUUUGCGUAUUUGCGACUUCGAUGGACUUGCCUGUUUGGAGGAUAUAAAAAGAGAAAUCAUCUCGCUCAAGUCCAGUCGGUAUAAAAUCGAUUGUCAUUGCCUGUCAAAUUGCGAUGACUCCAAUUUCUUUGUGCAGUCCCAUCGAUCCAGAGUUUGGUUUUUGGGCGCAAACCUCCAGUGGGGCAUUAUAGACUAUCCAAAAAUGCAGCUUAGACGUGACGUGCUCUUCUCCUUUGCUGAUGUGUUGGUUUAUAUUGGCGGUCUAAUUGGCUUUUUCCUGGGUUGCAGUGCUCUAAGCUUCACGGAAGUCAUCUACUAUUUUACCGCCCGUCUUGUGAAGAGAUUGUUUUGGACAUAA